CUUCAUUCAGAUCAGGUGGUUAGUACCUAUCUGAAAUUAAAACGACGAAGUGAUAAUCAACUGAAAUGAAAUUCUUAAUAGCGUUCACGAUAUUACUAUUCGCAGCUCUGAUUGCUCCAAGUACAGAUGCUUCCCCAGAUUGCGCUGAAAACGAAGUUUACACAACUUGCGGUAACGUAGGAUGCCAACCGACUUGUGCUAUGUCACUGAAAGGAACGAAAUGUAUAGGAAUCAUUGGAAGGUGUGGCCACGGUUGCUAUUGUAAGGACGGUUACGUACGAUUAUCGAGCGAAGGUGGCAGAUGUGUCCUUAUUGCAGAUUGUGCUCAAUAUGAUAGUUCUAAUUAGGCUGUACUUUGUAGAUAUUGGGAAGAGCAUGAUCAGUUCAAUAUUAAAAAUAUGUUUCUUUAGCACAUAUGGAAAAAAUAA